AUGGCGUCGGUUGCUGCAGUACUAGACAACAACUCCGGCAUCACUCGUCGCUAUGGAUCAGGCUUGGUCGCUGUCUUUGUCGGUGCAACUAGCGGAAUAGGGGAAUCGACGGCCCGCGCAUUUAUACGCAACACAGACGCCUCUCGUGCCUACCUCAUCGGCAGAGAUGAGACAAGAGCAAUGCACAUUAUCAAAGAAUUGCACCAGAUAAAACCGGAGUCACAAGUCACUUUCAUCAAAUCAGACGUCUCUUUGUUGCGUGAAGUAGAUGAUGCGUGCAGUGCCAUUCAGCAGAAGGAGGAUAAAGUCAAUAUCUUAUUUCUGAGCCCAGGGGUAGGGACAACGAACGGUCGUGACGAGACCGACGAAGGCCUAGACAGAAAACUGAACCUUCACUAUUAUUCCCGGAUGCGAUUUGUGACAAAUCUCCUACCGCAACUUAUGAAGGCUGGUGACAGCAGUGAGCAUGGGCUGCCACUGUCUCGCGUAGUCUCGGUUCUUGAAGCCGGAGGCGAAGCUGCUCUUCAACUUGAUGAUCUCUCUCUUAAAACCCACUAUUCCCUUCGUAAUUGCGCAAAACAUGCAAUCACCAUGAACUCUGUUUCAAUGGAGCAUCUAGCUGCAUCUUACCCACAGAUCUCGUUUAUCCACUCUUUCCCAGGAGUUGUUAAGACACGCCUUGACCGAAACUUCAGCACUGCUACUAAGUAUGCUAUUACCGCCUUGAUGGUUCUCGCCAGGCCAUGGGUGACUGAUUUAAACGAAAGUGGAGAAAGACAUCUGUAUGCCGCGUCGAGUCCACGGUUUCCUCCACAGAAAUACAAGGAUGGUAUACCUGAUGCUGCGGAAGGUUCUGAUGGUCACCCUGGGAGUGGGUUUUAUCGACUUAGUUCAACCGGGUCGACAUAUAAACCCAGCAAGAUCAUGGAGGUUUACCGUGCGGAAGGGGUGAGAAGUUCGAUCUGGCAACAUACACUUGAUGUCUUUGCAAAGGUCCGUGGUGCACCGGACGUGGAGCCAUGA